ACUUUGAAAUGUCCUGCGUUUGACCCACUCUUUCGUUUGAUCAAACUAGCGUAGUUAACAUGAGUCAUUUGUUCAAAACAAUUAGCCAUGCAAACAUAUACGCUAAAUUCCGACCCAUUGCACCGCAAGCUUUCAUCGAGGAAAUAAUGAAAUUUGUUAAAGUAAACAUCUUCAAUUUCAACCUCGCUGUAGAUGUUGGCUGCGGCCCUGGCAUAAGUACAACGCCUCUGGCCCCAUACUUCAAGGAAGUGCACGGAUAUGACGUAUCUGAAGCGCAAAUCAAUGAAGCGAAAGCAUUAAACAUAUUUGAAAAUGUUUCCUUCUGUGUGUCACCAGCUGAGAAAAUUGCUGAAAAGGAUGAGUCUGUGCAGCUCAUUACAGUAAUGCAGGCUGCUCACUGGUUUGACUUGGAUGUGUUCUACAAGGAAGUCAGGAGAGUCCUAGUGCCGCACGGUGUCUUGGCACUUGGUGGUUACCUCAUUCCAAAGCCUGUCAGCAAGGACCAGAAGAAGAUGGAUAGUAUAAUACAGAACGAAAUUUACAUGGGUGUACUGAAGAACUACUGGGAACCGAUUAGAGCUAUCAUCGAUAACCUGUACAGGGACAUUCCUCCGGCUUUCGAAGACCAUGUUCGGAUAGAGUGCAUUGAGGACUGCAAGGUCAGAACAGUUGCAGAUUAUGUGAACUACGUGAAGACGUGGUCGGCGUAUCAGCUUCACCUCAAGAAGCAGCCUUCGGAAGCAGAAGCGCUGUCUCACAGGCUGAUGUCCAUAUUGAUGGAGGAUGCUGGCAAGGUUGGAGAAGAUCCAGCGAAGACAAACCUUGAAGUGAGGACUCAAUUCUUUACGGUUUUGGCGAGGAAGCCAGGACCUUAAACGGUUCGCCACAACCCAGUCUCCUUGUAACUGGCGCUGUUGCGUACAUUCGGGAGUUGUGCAAAGCACCAAUUCGACUCGUCCUGUGAGCAUAAGGAAGUUUGGCAGAGCAUUUCACAUCACGAAAGGGUUG